UGCGCAUUAGCAAUUGAAAAUAUGGCUUUUAAUUUUGCGGAGAUCACCCUCCAUAGGGGGCAAGGUUGCUCAUAUACGAUUGAGCUCGUCAACAGUGUUUCGAUAUUAUUGAUAAUUGUUUCUUAGUUCGAUCAUGACCGAUACAGAAUUCGAUUACCAUAACGGCUUUUAUACACUCAAUGCAGAAAGCAAGCCAGAAGACUGUAGAAAGCUGUACGAAGAUGCUAAGGACUCCUAUGAAAAGAUUGCCUUUGAAAACAUGAAGUACAUAGCACCAAUGAUAACUGCUGAGUUUCUUGUAAAACAUCUUGAACAACUUGGGUUUAGUCAAGAUGUGCGGAUUCUUGACCUUGGUUGUGGUACAGGAAUGGUAGGUGAGGAACUAAAUCGUCGAGGUUACAAGAACAUUGAUGGUGUAGACAUUUGUGGGGCCUUAGUUGACAAAGCCAAAGAGAAGGGGCUUUACACAAAGCUGACAGUGGGGGAGAUGGCUUCUGAGGAUUCUAAAAAGUUGAAUGUGGCUGCUGACCAAUAUGAUGCGGCCGCAUGUGCUGGGGUGUUUACUCUUGGUCAUGUGAAAGGCAAAGGUUUUGAUGAUUUUCUACAUAUUCUCAAAUCUGGUGGAAUUGCAUGUUUUACUGUAAGGAAGAUGGCUUGGGAUGAUAAAGUCUAUGGCUUUGUGGAAAAAAUGGAGAAGCUUUGUGAAAUGAAGAAGUGGAAAAUAGUGGAGAAGAAAUUUGUUGAUAAUUAUACUGCAGAGGAUGGUUGUUGGCUGUUUUGCUGUCAGAAACUUUAAUUUUUUAAAAAGACAAUAGUUUUAGGACAAUGGAAUAAUGAUAUUGAAUACAAAUGUAUAAAUUGAAUAAAUUUUUUGUUUUAAA